CUCCGCACUAUUUAUAGGUUUUUAGUGCCACCUAUCCGGAAAGUCUGCCCCUUCGUCAGUUGCUUCCCAUGGCGCGCGGUGAUUUCUCAAAUCGCUCAAGGCGGCCCCUAGGGCUCCCUCGAGUUCCCGACUCCCAACCUCACACGUAUUCAAUCGGAAACUGUGCUGAGAUAUUGUACAUCACGCAUUUCAGUCGAAAAGAUCGCCUUCCAGAAUCCCGAACCUAUACCUCGAUUGACCGUCCGCACUCUAAUUUCGCCCCACACCCGAUGGUCGAUCCUCUCUCCGUUGCUAGCUCUAUUGCCGGCCUGGUAUCCCUUGGCAAGGUUACGUUUCUGAGGCUAUUCCAUUCCGUCAAGGAUAUAAAGAACGCCGAGAAGGGAGUUAUCGACCUGGAGUCCGAUCCUACUCUCAAUGGCGUGCUAUAUUACUUUCUAGUAAUAGCACAGGUCCUGGAGACAGGAUGACCUAAGCUACUCCGUCCGGCUAGAUCACGUCUAUCUUUGCCUAGCUACGCUCUACAAAUUGGACGAGAAACGCAAAAGGAUGGGACUCACGGACAAGGACAAAGCGCGACAAGCGAUCAGAAACCCUUCGGGCGAUCAACACUACCGAGUG